AAGUUUGUGGAGGACUGAACGUUUUCGGAGGGAGAACCUCACAAGGGGGUCUCGGCCCCGACCGCCCCACCACCCACCCCGACUUCAGAAUCCCACGUCCCACUGUCCCUCGCUGAGGAUUUGGAGAUUGCUGGGCGUGGAAAACAAAAACCUGUCCGUGGGAGGUGAAUCUACCGUGUGCCAUGUUUUUCUAGUGAGGUCUCAUCUUCUGCCAAAAUGAGGAGGCUGAUGCCCGGCUCGCCUCCGCCCGUCCUGCCAGCCAUCUUGGCUCUUACCUUAGCCGCUGCCUUACCUCAGCUGUCCUCAGGAGCCACGCCGUUCCCCCAGGACCUGGAGCCAAUCAGCAUCGUGGGCAGAGAGUCCUCCUAUCUCUACCCCAGCUUCCAGGGUCUCAUGUCGGACAAUGACACCGUCCGCCUGGGCCUGGACUUCCAGCGGAUGCUGAGGAUCAACCACAUGCUCUACAUCGCUGCUCGGGACCAUGUGUUUGCCGUCAAUCUUGCUGUGUCAUCUGAGCAGAUAAUCCCACGACAGAAACUGACUUGGAAGACGAAGGAUGUGGAGAAAUGCACUGUGAGGGGGAAAAACAGCGACGAAUGUUACAACUACAUCAAAGUUCUCGUGCCGCGCAACGACGAGACGCUUUUCGCCUGCGGCACCAACGCCUUCAACCCCACCUGCCGCAACUACAAGAUGUCCACACUGGAGCAGGAGGGAGAGGAGGUGGUGGGACAAGCUCGUUGUCCCUUUGAGUCCCGGCAGUCCAACGUCGGGCUUUUCGCAGGUGGGGAUUUCUACUCGGCCACUAUGACGGAUUUCUUGGCAAGCGAUGCAGUGAUCUACAGAAGUCUGGGAGAAAGUAGCCCCGUCCUCCGCACGGUCAAGUACGACUCCAAAUGGCUGCGAGAGCCCCAUUUUCUCCACGCUAUUGAGUACGGGAACUACGUGUACUUCUUCUUCAGCGAGAUCGCGGUGGAGUACACCACACUUGGCAAGGUGGUUUUCUCCAGAGUCGCUCGUGUUUGCAAGAACGACAACGGCGGCUCCCCGAGGGUGCUGGAACGUUACUGGACAUCGUUCCUCAAAGCCCGGCUGAACUGCUCCGUCCCCGGUGACUCCUUCUUCUACUUUGACGUCCUGCAGUCGCUGACCAACGUGCUGCAGAUCAACCACCGGCCGGCCGUGCUCGGCGUCUUCACCACACAGGCAAACAGCAUCACCGGCUCGGCGGUCUGUGCUUUCUACAUGGACGACAUAGAAAAGGCGUUCAGUGGCAAAUUCAAAGAGCAGAGGAACAGCGAGUCGGCGUGGACACCUGUUCCAGAGGAGCAAGUCCCGAAACCAAGGUGA